AUGUAUCUAGUGGCACCAUUGUUGUCGGCGGUACUGCUGCUCGGUGGACGGGUUACUGGCAUACCGGUCGAGACUCUGGAGAUCCAGACACGUCGGGUCCACCAUGUCGACACAUUGGCAGCACAGUCGCAGGCUCCGAUCGAGUUACAUUCCUCGGAACAAGAGACGAUCAGACUGGCUCCCAUUGAGCACGAGGCGCCAGUCGAGUUGAGUCCCUUUGGGGAAACAGAAACAGAAACAGACAAAAGCGACGAGGACGCUUCUCGUCCAUUCACAAUCCCAUCCCGCUACGAGUCCACAGUCCUGGGCCGUCGACUGCUCGGCCUGUCCAAGACAGGCGUCCUCACGACCGUGUUCCCCUCCAACCUGACAUCCGACCGCGUCCCCGCAGACGUGGCCAACACCCCGAUCGGACUGCCCGACUACAUCGCGUCGUGCGAGGAGCCGAGCGGCAACCCGACGCUGCUGGCGCUGACGGUGUCGACGUCGACGCAGAAUGCCGUCGCGGGCUCCAACGUCUCGCUCACCCUGUCGUGGUGGGACACGUAUGCGCAGCUCACGCACCACCAGCCGUGGUCGGCGGCUAAUCUGCCGCGCUUGAAUCUGGUCGGAUACCUGGAGGAAAUGACCGACGAGGAGGUCAGCGGCCAGGAUGUCGCGGCCUGUUUCACUAAGGCUCAUGCCGAUAGUGUGCUUUGGUUGCCGGGGAAGAAGUGGGCGGCGCAUAAGGGCCUGUGGAUGAGACUGGUCGUCCGCGAGGUCUAUUGGAUCGGCGGCUUUGGAGAUCGGAAUUUCAUCGGCUGGUUCGAUCGCGAUGAGUGGGCCGCUGUUACGGUUGAUGAGUGGAUGGCUGUCAGGUUGCCUGGUGAGAAGUGA